AUGGAUGAGGCUCUCGAUCCUGCAUCUGCCGCAGCCUUCUCUGCCGCAGCUGCAUCGCAAUUUCUAAACACCUACGUCGCAGGCGACACAAUCUCGAGAGCAACCUCUCCGGGUUUGCCACCUUCUACUCCACUUGAUGCUGACGACACUAAACGAUAUCGACCGAGAACCUUUGCAUACUUCCAAUUAUUACCCUACCCCGUCGAGGACGAUGCGGAGCGAGAUGCCGCCCUACGAGGAAUAUUGAAGCAGCUCUACAUAGCUAUAAAAGCCGAAGAUUUCUCUCCUGGCGCCCUCCAUUGGACGCGCCAGCUUCAAGGAUGGCUUUCGUUGAAGUUCGACAUGCCCCGUGAGCAACGCGCCAGGCUUGUCAAGCUAUACUUCCACCUCUCCUUGGCCCAGGGCCUAGACAAUAAUUCCGCCGAUCGGUUUUCCAAAAUGGUGGUAACUCUUAUUAGAAGAAAACAAGCACUUAAACCUGAGGAUGACUUAAUUCUCGAUUGGAGACCGUUGUGGAAAGAGUUGAAGGCGCUUGUGCUGCCUGGCGAAGCAGCUGCGCAUCACUCGUCGAGGAGGCGAGGGGUUAAGCAUCUCAGAAAGUUGUGCCUGUAUUCGCAGAUGUACUUCGAUCCCAGAGAGCGGCGUGCCAUGUUAGAGGAGAUCCUGCCUUAUUUCAGUACCUCGGAUAUCCAAAAUGCCUACAUUGUCAUUGGCGUCUUGAAUAUUCUAAUGCCUACUACUCCGGCCCCUCCUACGGAGCCGCAGUCUCAACCGUCGGAUUUCGUACCUACCUUCUUCCACCUUUGGUCGCUGAUGACCCGUUCCAAGGUCGUGGAUAAUGCAUUCAUCGAUAUAUUCUCUAGGAUCGCCAAGGAUUACCUAACAUGUCGACAUGUACCCUUCAGCGAGCACGGUGUUUUCACACGAGAGCAAUCCGACCUGAUCUUCACUGCGAUCCUUCGUUUAACUGAGAUUCCUGUUGGGCAGGCUAAUUCCCCAUACACCUCGCUCGACUAUUCAGCUGGAAUGGGUAUGUUCCUUGAAAAGGACAAAAAGAAGCAUCCAAUACCGUACAUUAUUGCCCGCUGGGUCAUAUGCUCUCUGUCCCCCCUCUGUCUUGAUAGGAAAAAUUCAAUUUUAGAUAGUCUAGAAGGACUAAUGGAGUCGGUGGAUACCUUCUUCCAUCCGUCGAACCAGGGCUCGUGGACCAAGAUGCUGGCCCAGCUCACCUAUUACCUAACUGAGCUUUUCGUUUCUCGUUGGAACAGAGAGCAGAAUGAAGAGCAAGAUACCCCGUCCGAACGCAGGAUCAAUGACGCUCUGAAGCGUCGAUUUGUCCUAAGUCUACGAGAAGUUACGUUUAUGGGACUUUUUGGGAAAAGUUCUAGCAUCACAGGCUUGUACUUCAACUCUCUUCAGAACCUUACCUAUCUUGAGCCCGACUUAAUUCUGCCGGGUGCGCUCCAGAGGUUCUAUCCGAGUUUGCAGGGCUUAGUCGAAGUUCAUCGAACCACAUCCAGUCUCUGUGGUCUUAACAUGAUUGCCAAUAUCAUGUCGCGCCAGAAGGGAUUUAGAUGCCACAUCACUGCAUUAUUAGCAUUAGCUUUACCUGGUAUUGAUGCUAAUGAUCUGAACAAGACUCAGUAUACAUUGAACUUUAUCCAAAGUGUUGCGUACAGUAUUCCAUUUGUGACUUUGACGAAGGAGGACAAUACCGUCCAUGACACUAGCCUUGCUAUGCAGUGGGUCCAAGGGGAAAUGGAGCGUAUGGAACGCGAAGGCCAGGACGUCAAGAUCGAUUACAAGAACGAGUUAACCGACGAAGAUGAAGCGGCUAUUGUCCGCUCCUCAACUGCGGGUUUCGGUGAAUUCCUCAUUGCACUAUUAGGCAAGGUAUUCACAUUGCUGGAGAAUCUCCCCGACGCGGCUCAAGUGCGCUCUGGUUCUCCCGAGGAUAACAUCAUCAAUACUUUGCCGGCUGCCUUAACUCCGAUGUUUGCCUCUUUGUCGCCUGAGCUCUUUGAAAUCGCUCUGGAAAAGCUCUCAGCAUUUGUUUCCAGUCACGUUGUCCAUCAAGCUCGCGAUGCAAUGGCUUGGAUCUGCAACGCAUUAUGCAAGGUGAACCCGGAGAAAACACUCAAGGUUUUCAUUCCCGUGUUGAUCGCCAACAUACGCAAUGAGAUUGACUACAACGGAGCCGCGUCUGAUCGGAGUAGCGGUACUGAAGUGCUACCCCGAGACAGGGCUCUCGUAUGGCACGUGAGUAUCUUGAGCAUGUGCGUUGUACAUGUUGGUAGUGAGGUGCUGAAGUACAAGAAAGACCUCUUCGAAAUUGCAGAGUACAUGCAAGAGAAGUGCAGAGGCCUCCCUACCAUCCAUAUUAGUAAUUACAUACACCACCUGCUGCUCAAUCUCACACAUACAUAUCCCAUAGACACUUCGCUGUACGAACCUGAUGUCAUAAAACGCGGUUUAGACGUUGAUGAUUGGGGCAAGACGACAUCGCCAGCAGAUUUGACGAUUCGAUGGCAUCGACCCUUGCAGGAAGAAAUUCAAUUCGCGGUCGAACUCUUUGAAUCCCAAGCCGAAGGCGCUAUGAAACGCCUCGAGUCAUUCAUGAGUGAUAAUCCUCCUGUGAGCCGAAAGGGAAAAAACAAGGAGUGGUCGGAUGAAGUCACUCGUCAGUUGUCCCAACUGCGAUUAGUGAUCUCCGGCCUUGCGUCUCUGUUUGAUCCGAAACGGGCGUCUGGUGGCUCGACGGGACACGUCAAUGGCAAUGGAAAAAUCGAUAGUCAAGAGGACGAAACCAUGGCCGAUGACGAUGACGACAGCGAGAACCCGCUAGCUGAGGUUGGAGAAGAUGACGAGACAAAGCCACAGUUCAAGUAUCCGAGCGGAUAUUUACUCACCCCUGACAGCCCGCUCUAUAAUCGGAUCCACGACCUUCGAGAUGAUAUAGGAAGGCUGCUCUCCCGAACACAUUCCUUCCUCAAUGAUCACCAGGAAGACGAUGUUUCUUGCUUCACAUCAUUAUACAAUACCUACCGGACCUGGAUUACAGAUGUAGGCUUUGAGCGAUCGGCACAUCCAUUAGACCGACUUGUUCGCCUUUACAGAGCAGAUAUUGCCCCCUUCAAGAUCAGCGGGCUACGAAAACCGUACCCGCGACCGCUACUCGUCAAGCGAGCCGAUGCCUAUCAAUUACAGCGAGUCAAGCACAACGCGUCAGUCCGUAGGAAGAGUGAUCUAGAUAAACAAUUACUGCUCGACCUCGCAGAAUCGUCUGUUUCGUCGUACGCGGAUGUGCGACGAAUAGCGCAAGGUGCGCAAGAUGCUUCACUUAAAGCAUUGAUAGGCGGCCGCCCACUCGUCAUCCCCGUUAUUUUGGAGAGGUUCCGUAAAGCACUGGACGAGACCGAUCAUGACAGGAUCAAGGGGGCUAUGUAUACACUACUCUUCACAAGCUUGCUCAGGACGUUGAUGAGAGAUUGGAGGUUUGCUCCUGAUCUAAUGCGAUUAUACAUCCAGUCAGCCAACAUUGACAAAACGUCAAUCCAGAACCUGGGGGCAACUGCUAUCUACCCACUCAUUGACUUCGGCAAGCGGUUCGAGUUGAUGGUGAUAACAGAUGAGCCGACUGUAGAUCUGAUUAAGCCUACCGAGGAUUGCUCUAGAGCCAUCGAGACGAGACACGACUUCAUAAAAGAACGCAGGAAGAAAGUCGAGCAGAAGAAGUCGGAUUUGGGACUGGAGUUGACGGAACUUGCAAAGGAGUCCCACUGGAAGACGGCAAGUCGGUGUGCUAUCUUUACGACCAACCUCUGCCUCCGUUUCGAGACUAUUGCGCCACCCGAGUUCAUCGAGCUCAUCGUUAAGGGUACCAAUGAUCCCCACCCGGGAUUAAGAGCAAACUAUCUCAACGCAUUCUCGAACAUAUUUACGGCGAUCGACCAACGCGCUGUGUAUGGGCACAGCUACGCCAAUUACCUCCAGGAGAAGGAAAAGGAUAUUAAUAAGGUUGUUAUCCCAGUCUCGAAAGGCGACGAUGAGUAUACGCAGGAAUUCCUAGAGAGCUUUAAGCACCCCGAGAACGCUGAGUAUUUCGUUGACACAGAUCAUCCUGGAUGGUUGGUCUGGGGCAAGCAAUUUAAUGCAUUCAAAGCGAAACCGGAAAAGUUCGACGAAUACGACGAUGUUGAGAGGGCAGCUAGACAGCAAAUCGGUAAACUUAUAACAAAGGACUGGCUUUCUCAGUGCUUCGCUUAUAUGAAGCAAGAACCGCGAGAUUCAACAUCUGACAGGUUCAGGACCACAAACGUUGUCUUGCUCAUGCAUAUCUUCGACCUCAUGAUCUACGGGCAAACUGAACUCAAGUUUGAGGACGUCAAAGAAUUGGUCGCCGAUGUAUACGGGGAUGGGAGCGACAAGCAUCAACACCGCGCCACGGCAGAGAUUCUCGGUGCUCUGAUGGUUGGUACAGCAUACGACCCCGUUGACAUGAAGGAAGAAGUAUGGAACUUUGCGCAACCAAUGAUUCUCGAUGUCUUCGCGGACAACUUGACUCCGGACAACCUCUCGUACUGGAUCACAUGCCUCCACUUUAUCAUUGAUACAAAGGAUCCUCGUCGUGCUAAUGAGCUUGUCAACCGCCUUAGCUCUUUCCGCCUAGACAUGAAUUCUAACGCUGCUUUCAAAGAGUCUUCGAAGGUGCAGCUUCUCGAGUUCUUGAUUAACGACUGUGGGUGGCACUAUCGCCAUGAGAAACCAAUCCUAGACGACUUUAUAGCACAUAUCGAUCACCCGUACAAGGCCGUGCGUGAAUCAAUUGGCCGCGUCAUAGCAACUAUUUACAGAACUCGAUACCACGAGUCAUUUGAGAAUGUCACUGCUCUCCUUGAGCAGAAUAAAGCAGAUUCAAACAUCGGCAUCCGACCGUACAAGCCAACCGAAGAGUUUGCUGCUACUAUCAAGGAUGUAUUUGAUCGUCUCGAAGUGUGGCGCCACGAGCGUACACCGGGGCAGCAGACACCAUCCUCUUACACGUCUGGGUCGAAGACCGUCCUCAUCUGGCUAGACAGCACACUCUCGUCCCAGGAAUGCAUUCAACUCAUCCCUUUCUUCCCAGAUCCUUUCAUUGACCAACUUCUGCACAUGAUGGAUGUCAAGGAGGAUCCGGAGUUGAUGCGCCUAGCCUACCACGUCUAUCGUCAUUUGCCAAACAUCCCUUUCCGUACUGGCGAGGACGAGCCUUUCAUCGCAGCAUUAAUUCGCCUCGGAAAGGCUGCUACAAGCUGGCACCAACGUCUUAGGGCUCUGGUGAACAUGCAAGUAAUCUAUUUCCGACGACUAUUCCUAAUGGACGCUCCGCAACGAGAGUUGCUCUUCGACGCUGUAAGCGAUAUGCUGGCCGAUCCCCAGCUUGAGGUCCGAACCGUCGCCAGCGCAACAUUAGCUGGCAUGAUCAGAUGCUCCCCGGCUACAAUACGGAAUCCAUUUAUUGAAACACUAAAGUCGCGCUUUGAGAGGGAGCUAGCGCGAAACCCGAUGCCAAAAAAGAGACAGCCGGGUACGGAAACACCAAUCAAUGUCACGCAGCAAAUCGUGAGACGACACGCUGCUGUAUUGGGACUUGGAUCACUGGUUGAAGCAUUCCCGUAUGCAACUCCGCCGCCAAGUUGGAUGCCGGAAGUUCUGGCACUCCUUGCGAGACGUGCAGCAAGCGAUCCAGGCGUGGUUGGCAAGGCCACGAAGGGAAUCCUAUCCGAAUUCAAGAAGACGAGACAAGAUAGCUGGGGAGUUGAUCAGAAGUAUUUCACUCACGAGCAACUCGAAGAUCUCGAAGGUGUUCUCUGGAAGAGCUACUUUGCAUAA